UUAAUCUUGUAGAGAAGGGGAAAAGUGAAAGAGUGAAAGGAGAAUUGAGGGAAAUGAAUUAGAUUUUGAUUAAAAUGGUCACUCAAUUGCAUUUCUACUAUUUAUUUCCUUGAGUUAUCCUCAUCACCAUUGAUAGAUUACAAUUUAAUCCACAUAUUUUUUAUAUGUGAAGAAAUUCUUUUGGUGGGGCGGGUAUGGGUAUGGGUAUGGGGCGGGGGAGGUCAAAACCAUACCCGCCCCAUACCCAUCAAACUUUUUGCGGGUUUUACCCAUACCCGCCCCAUACCGGGUCAAAGCGGGGAUUCCCCGUGUUGACUGGGUCGGGGGCGGUCGGAUACCCGCGGCCAUGGGUUUUAUUGCCAUCCCUAAUGGGUUCUGGUCCAAUUUCCCAAUUUCGCAUGCUCUUUCUCUACCCAAUUUCGCAUGUUCCCAGUAGUCUCCCUCCUCUCUUUUGCGGGGAAAUUUCGUCCUUGAAUCUCUAGGGUUUCAUUGAUCUCCACUGAUCUGGGUCUGAUUAAGUGAUUAUGAGUCAUCUCUCCGGUGAUUCCUUAUCUGUGUUUCAUCUCCUGUAAAACCCUCGAAUUCGCUGAAGAAUUCGAGCAAUCGAGGACUCCGGAGGUAAUCCCGUUUGUUCUCAUGCAAAUCCCCCAUCUGGGUUCUCAUCCAUUUGUAGAGAAUCGGUCUGGUUUCUGCCCUUUUUGGCUUUAGGGUUUUUCUAGACCAUUUGAAUAGUUACAAUCUGGGUUCGGCAAUCGAAGUUGUCCCCAGGGCUUUCAUCUUCCGCCAUGGACGACGGCGAGGUUGAUUUCUCGCACCAGGAAGUGUUUUCCAGCACCAACAUGCCGGAGAUUCCGACCAGCGGCUCGAUGGACAGUUUCUUCGACGAGUUGCUGAAAGACACUCAUGCGUGUACUCACACGCACACUUGCAAUCCCCCCGGUCCCGAUUAUUCCCACACUCAUACUUGCUUCCAUGUGCAUACGAAAAUUGUCUCGGCUUCUUCAGACGAUAAGCUUGACAGCGAUGACAAUGCGGAAUCUGUGGAUAAGAAGUCAAAGAAGCGGCCAAUAGGUAACAGAGAGGCAGUGAGGAAGUAUAGGGAGAAGAAGAAGGCGAGGGCUGCGUCUUUGGAGGAUGAAGUUGUGAAAUUGAGGGCUUUGAACCAGCAGCUAAUGAAGAGGCUACAAGGGCAGGCUGCUUUGGAGGCAGAGAUUGCGAGGCUCAAGUGUUUGCUUGUUGAUAUUCGUGGAAGGAUCGAAGGGGAGAUUGGAUCUUUCCCCUAUCAGAAACCUGCGGCUGCUGCUAACUUGAAUUUGACCAAUCCAAGUGGGCACGGUGCUUAUGUGGUGAACCCUUGUAACAUGCAGAGUAAUGAUCAAGCCUAUUGCUUGCAUCCUGGGAUGGAUGAUGGGAAAAGCACAGCGGAAGGUGUGUCUGUAAAUGGACAAGUCUACACUGGUUGUGACUUUGAGAAUCUUCAGUGUAUGGUGAAUCAAACCUCUGGGAUCAAGGAUUUUUCACUCUGUGGUGUCGGAAAUACCGUUGCUGGAAAUGGAAGUUUCCCUGGCUCCAGCAAGAGAAAAGGAGCAAAUCCAUCAACAGUUCCUUGAAGAGAUAUCCAGAAGGUGUUGUUUCGUCUAACAAUGCUUGUUGUGCCUGCCCGCAGACGUCUCUGUUUGUUGAGCAGCAGGCAGCUUUGCAAAUCAGCUGUCACAGGUUGCAUAUGUUGGGUUUUGUUAUUUCAAUCGUUUCUUUCAGCUAGUUUUCCCUUUUUUUGGGUUCCCCCCGAGUGUGUUAGGCUCCAUCUUUUUGGUCAAUGUUCCAGGAUUCUUUCUUUUGGCCUUCCGUCUGCAGAAUGCUUUGUAAAAUCAGUUCUUUAAUGUGCCUGUAGAUAUAGGUGAGACACAGUAGUAGGGAUGAAUGCUACCCUUUUUUCCCUGUUUGGUCCUAAUAUUUUAACAAAAUAAAAUAUCCCCU